AUGGUACAAGACUCGAAUAACGCGACAACACCUGAUAAAGCCCCGGUCACAGAUACACCUGACAUGUCAUCGGAUGAAAAACGAAAAAAAGUUGGCAACUAUGUCAUUUUAAGAACCAUUGGUGAAGGAAGUUUUGCUAAAGUACGCUUAGGUGUUCAUCUAAUAACAGAAAUGAAAGUUGCUGUAAAAGUUAUUAAUAAACGUGAAGUAUUCAAACGUAACUAUCUCAGAGCUAAUCUACGUCGUGAAGCUUCAAUGAUGCAGCGCAUGUGUCAUAAGAAUAUUGUUCAAUUACAUGAAGUGAUGGAAACAGAGAAUUCAUAUUAUAUUGUCAUGGAUUUAGUACAAGGAAAUGAAUUUGUGAAGUACUUAACUAAGAAGAGACAAUUAGAUGAGAAUGAAACGAGAAAAUAUAUUCGACAAAUUGUUUCUGCCGUUGAUCAUAUGCAUCGAGCACGCGUGAUUCAUCGGGAUAUAAAACUACAAAAUUUUAUGCUCGAUCAAAAUAACGAUAUUGUUAUCAUUGAUUUCGGUCUAAGUAACUGCCUCGAUGAAAAAGGUUUUCUUAUGACGCAAUGUGGUUCACCUGCUUAUGCUGCUCCGGAAAUCUUCGCUCACCAAGAGUAUGGACCAGCUGUCGAUGUUUGGAGUAUUGGAGUAAAUAUGUAUGCUAUGUUACUUGGUAAACUGCCAUUUAAAGUCGAGCAUCGUAGUCGAAAUCUGGCAAAACUGCAUGCUUGUAUAUUGAAAGGAUGCGAAAUACCGAAUACUCUCUCCCGUGAUUGUCAAGAUCUAUUAACGCGAUUAUUAGAACCGUCGCCAACCAAACGAAUUACCAUGGCUGAAAUUCUUCGUCAUCCAUUCCUCGUAAAUCAUCAUGGACCUAUCGAAUUGAUGCCAUUUAAACCACUCACUGAUGCCAGAGAUAUUAAUAGAAAUAUAAUCAAAUAUCUCUCUGUCAAACACGGCUAUUCAGAGCAUGAUGUCGAAGAAGCUGUUCUUUAUCGUAAACCCAUUGCGUCGCGUGCCCUAUAUAAUUUAAUAGAACGACGUCUCAAAGAGGGUCUGGGUUGGCCUGAUGCGACCUAUACUAAUCCCCUUAAUGGACAUUCAUCACUUUCAACAACAGUUGGUGCAUCACUACCUGAUGGUGCAUCAGAUGUUGUUGUGCUCGAUAAACUUGUUCAUAAUGAACCUUUAUUGCCUAGUCGCCGUGCGCCACCCAACCUCCUUCCACAACAACAACAGCAACCCAUUGGUACUUCUACAAUCACCAACGGACGGAAAUUUUCACGUGAUAGAACGAACUAUACAUUUGAUGAACAAGUUUUACUGCAUACGAAUACAAACGGAAAUAUCAUUACAGGCGGUUUAACACAAGAAGCAUUCAAUGAACUGGUGCCAACACCAAAAUUAACCUCACGGAAAUUAUUUCACGAUAUUAUUCUACGCAAACCUUCCGCAAACGGGCAUGCAACUGAAGCAUCAGACGAGCAGCAGCAUCAUCAUUCGAAACGUAUGCAUAAUCCGAAUAGUUUAUCAACGAUAAAACCGUUAAUAACCGGUCAACGCACGAAUGUUGUUACUCCUCAGCAUCAACAAUCACCUCCUCAACAAAGAUUGAAACCACGUAGUCUACCUAAUUCUACACUAGAUCAUGCAAAUCAAAAUGGUUUUCAUUUGCCACAUGAUCCAUUAGCUAGUGGUACUCGAACGCCGAAAACGAUUAGCCGCGCAUCAAACGUCGAAUAUCUGAAACGAUCUCAGCCACAAUCGCCGGUGCGAUAUAACCCUGCUCCAUCAGUAACUGUGAAAGCAAUUGGUUUAUUUUUGAAGAACUCCGCUCUACAUUCUCGUGUUAGUUCUUGUAGUAGUAAAUCAUCGAAAAAUGUCGACAGUGCGUCGCCAAUUGCUCAUCAACAAUCUCCGCCAUUGAGAUUUUAUCCGUCAACAUCAAAUACGAUCCAUAAGCAAAAUACUGUGAAUUAUCACUCACAUGGAAACUUACAAAUGACUGGUCAAACACGGCAAGCAUUUGUGAAGCCAUCAGAAUCGCCUCAUCAUCUGCCCACAAGUAAGGCUUCGCAUUCUACUACAGCUGCGCCCCCAGCGGCAGCAACAGGACAUAACGGACAGAAACUAAUGCAAACCUAA